AUGAUUCCGCAGGUUGUGAUGGACAAAGUUCUCUCCAAAGCGCAGGAAACUGCAUCACAUAGCUGGGAGUACGGCACCGUGUUUGAAGCGCUACUCGAGUACAGAGAUCCUCAUUAUAGCAUCUUUCAUGACCCAUUUCCCGGGGGCGAGAUACCAGAGUUGACGAUAGAGGAUGUAGAGGCGUUGCGAUAUGUGAAACCAUUCAUACAGACGAACAGGGCGAGACUGUGCGAAGGUAACGGUUCGUCGUCCGAUCCGACAUCUCUCUGCAUUCCGGCCUUGUUGCUCUACAAAUCAACAACCUCGCAAGCGCCUGACAAUCCUUACCUCUCCGCUGUAAAUCGCCAGCUGCACGACCUGCUCUCCACCACGCCCAGAUACAGCAAUGGCGCGAUAUCGCAUCGCGAUGAGUACCCUUCUUUGUGGGCAGACUUCAUCUACAUGGUGCCGCCUGCUCUUGCAUACGACGGUGUCUUCACCUCAGACAUAGAUAUGAUGAAAGAGAGUGUACGGCAGUGCCAGCUAUACUGGGAGGUGCUGGGCACAUCGAAAGGGUAUUGGCGACACAUCGCCAAUGUCGAGAGCACAGACAGCGUAAAGAGCGAUGACGGCGCGUGGUGUACGAGCAAUGCCUGGGCUGCGGCUGGGAUGACUAGGGUCCUAGCAACAUUGCGCAAAUCUCAACAUGAACCGGAAACCGCUGAUGAGCAGAAGAUACUACUAGAUAUGACCAAAGGCAUUCUUGACGGCGUGAUAGAGGCUGAUACCGAUGCAUCCGGCCUGUUGCGCAACUAUCUCGAUGACGAGACAUGGUUUGCAGAGGUUGCUGGGACGGCGUUAAUGGCAGCUACGGUCUUCAGGAUGGCGGUCCUCGAGCCUGGCACAUUCGGAGAACGAUAUGUAGGAUGGGCGACGCGUAAGUUGGAGUCUGUCAGUUGCCAUCUAGAUGAGGAAACUGGUGUUGCGGCACCUGUGGUUAACUCACUGAAGGAGGGUCAGCGGACGCCGCUCGACGGCGACAUUAAGAACCGCUCUACGGCCAUCGCGGAUGCGAAGGAGCCCGCGACACUGAUGUUAGAAGCCAUCCAGAAAGCCAUCAGCGACACUGCAUCUUUUUCGAAGACCGAUUUGCAGUCAUCAAUCGACAGCAUCGAUGUCGUCAAGACGUGGACUUGGCCGUAUCCAGAUCUACCCGGGCUUUUGGCAGAGAAGCUGGGCGUUGAUCAGAGUCUGAAAUGGAAGAGAUAUUCCGAACAUGGAGGCGAUAAACCAGGAAAGCUCUUCGAUGAGGCCGCUAAGAGGAUUGCAAAAGGCGAAUGCAAAGUCGCGGUUGUAACUGGAGGUGAAGCAUUAGCUUCGUGUGCGUACCGCAUGCCUUUCCGUCGUCUCCACUCAUCGCUAAGUGUACCAGUAUCCGCGUGUGCAGCUGCAAAGAAGCUUCCUCCACCAGGCUGGACAGCUCCGUCCGAAGCCGUAGAUUCGGUUUUCACACCAACAGGUCGCGACCUAGGAAAUAGUGCGGUUUCCUCUCUCUGGCAGACCCUUUCUUCUACUGACUCUGGCAAAGACCUCGGAGCUAUUCACAAGAUUGGUGCGCCAAUACAUGUCUACCCACUUUACGAAAAUGCGUUCCGUGCGCAUCGCGGGCAGACGCUGAAGGCAAACCACGAAGAGAGUGCAAAGCUGUAUGCUGAAUUUGCAGACGUCGCAAAGAAUAAUGAGUACGCAUGGGGUCAAGGAACUGCAAGUAGUGAAGAGGACAUCAAGACUAUUGGGAAGAAGAACAGGAUGAUAUGCUAUCCUUAUCCCCUGCUUAUGAACGCCUUCAACACGGUUAAUCUUGCCUCUGCAGUCAUCCUUACAUCGACUUCCUUCGCCAAAAGGUUAGGUGUUCCCGAGUCGAAAUGGGUUUAUCCGCUUGGCGGCGCGGGAACGAAGGACGACGAUGAGUUCUGGAAACGACCGAACUUCUACUCUUCGCCCAGUAUAUCGCGCUCUAUCGAUGCGAGUUUGAAGACAUCUGGUACGACCAAAGAAGAGAUGGAUAUAGUUGAUAUAUACUCCUGCUUCCCUAUCGUGCCUAAGAUUGCGGCGCAGCAUCUAGGAAUACCUGUGGUUGGUCGUCAAAAGCCAUUGACGAUACUUGGUGGUCUGACAUCGUUUGGUGGAGCUGGUAAUAACUACUCGAUGCAUGCGCUCACUGAGAUGACGCGACAGCUGAGAGACGGCAAAGGCCAGAAAGGACUGGUGCUCUGCAAUGGCGGCGUUCUGAGCUAUCAGUACGUCGUGAUAUUGUCGAAAGAGCCUAGAAGAGAAGGAAACUAUCCGACAGAGAACCCUCUACCGCCGCAAAUUACUGAUGUGCCCGCGCCCGAGCUCGUUUUCGACCCAGAGGGCGAGGCUGUUGUCGAAACUUACACCGUAGAGUUCAACCGAGACGGCAGCCCGCUUCGAGGUCACAUUAUCGGUCGCUUAAAGAGCAGCAACAAACGUUUCCUCUCGAACCAUGGAGAUGAAAGUACAUUGCGACAGAUGGCUAGUGGUGCGGUCGAGAUUGUGGGUAAAAGCGGAUGGGUUUGGCAAGAUGGUGAGAAGAAGGGGAGGUCGCUGUUUGCUUUCGAUAAGCCAGCAAGACUGUAG